CUCGAACGAAGGUCUAGUGCUGACUCAUCAGACACCGGCGGGACCGAUGCGAUUGUAUUUAAGUAACAGUCCAGUAAAAACAUAUCAUCGUAACCAAACUAAUAAUCAACCUCCAUCACUACACCAUUCAGAAGGCAGUUUAUCUUCAAAACUCCCCUUCCAUUAACACAUUUGUAUGAAAAGUAAAGAACAAGAUGCCACCAUAGAAGAGAUACAGUCAAAUUUCGACCAAGCUGUCGACAGUUUCGAUGACAUGAAUCUAAAGCCGGAACUGCUCCGCGGUGUCUAUGCAUAUGGGUUUGAAAGACCUUCUGCGAUCCAGCAACGCGCCAUCAUCCCGAUCGCAAAUGGCAAGGAUGUCAUUGCUCAGGCCCAGUCUGGCACAGGAAAGACUGCUGCUUUUGCCGUGUCCCUUUUGCAGAAAGUUGAUGUCGACCUCCAAGCGACGCAGGCGAUCAUCCUAGCACCCACUCGUGAGCUCGCUGCGCAGAUCCACACAGUCGUCGUCGCCCUUGGAGACUACACAGAUGUAACCAGUCUGGCUUGUGUGGGUGGUACCAGCAUCCGCGAAGAUAUGGCAAAGCUCCGCGAUGGCGUUCAGAUUGUCGUCGGUACUCCUGGUCGUGUUCUCGACAUCAUCCGCCGAGGGUUACUUAACACUAGUGCGGUAAAGGUCCUCUGCAUUGACGAAGCAGAUGAGAUGCUUUCCCAGGGAUUCACUACCCAGAUCUAUGAUACGUUCCAGCUUUUGCCUAACGACAUCCAGGUCGCUUUGUUCUCCGCUACCAUGCCUGCGGAGGUCUUGGAUGUGACGACCAAGUUCAUGCGUGAUCCCAUCAGAAUCCUCGUCAAAAAGGACGAGUUGACUUUGGAGGGUAUCAAACAAUUUUACAUUGCUGUGGAGAAGGAGGGCUGGAAACUCGACACACUGUGUGAUAUCUAUGACACCGUCAACAUCACCCAAGCUGUCAUAUUCUGUAACACCAGGAGGAAGGUCGAUGUCCUGACGGAGCAGAUGCAGAGUCGCGAAUUCACGGUGUCAGCUAUGCACGGUGACAUGGAUCAACAAGAACGUAAGAAUCUCAUGAAGGAGUUCCGUACGGGAGCCUCUCGUGUACUCAUCACGACGGAUUUACUUGCUCGUGGGAUUGACGUACAACAAGUGUCUUUGGUGAUCAAUUAUGACCUGCCGACGAACCGAGAGAAUUACAUCCAUCGCAUAGGUCGUGGCGGUCGCUUUGGAAGAAAGGGUGUUGCUAUCAACUUUGUCACCAGCAGUGAUGUGCCCAUGCUGAGGGAUAUCGAAAAGUUUUAUUCUACUCAAAUUGAUGAGAUGCCGCUCAAUGUCGCUGACCUUAUCUGAUUGGGCGAAGAGUUAUGUACACUUGUUUAUCCGAAUUGUGUAAUAGGCGCGAAUGUCAUGAUGUGUCUCUUUGUCCACUACCCACCACUAUCAUUUAUGUCUG